GAAACGGACGAUGCAAAUGUGGAAUGCCAGCCGGCCAAAUUAAAACUCAAAUUGGAGGAAGCAGAAGGAAAAGAACGUCGCAAAUGCGGAAUGCCAGCCUGUCAAAUUAGAAGUCAUCCUGGAGGAAGCGGAAGGAAACAUACGACGCAAAUGUGGAAUGCCAGCCAGAUAAAUUAAAACUCAACUUGGAGGAAACGGUAGGAACGGACGACGCAAAAGCGGAAUGCCAGUCGGCCAAAUUAAAACUCAAACCAGAGGAAGUGGAAGGGAUGGAAGGUCACAAAUACGGAAUGCCAGCUGGCCAAACCCAAACUCAAAUUGGAGGAAGCAGAAGGAAAUGAACGACGCAAAUGCGGAAUGCCGGCCUGUCAAAUUAAAAUUCAGCCUGGAGGAAGCGGAAGGAAACUAACGGCGCAAAGGCGGAAUGCUAGCCUGUCAAAUUAAAAUUCAACAUGGAGGAAGCGGGAGGAAACGAACAACGCAAAUGCGGAAUGCAAGCCGGCCACGUGGAGAAAGCGGAAGGAAACAGACGACACAAUGAGGAAUGCCAGCUGCCUAAAUUAAAACUCAACCUGGAAUAAGCUGAAGAAAAAAGACGACAUAAAUGUGGAUUGCCAGCUGACCAAAUUAAAACUCAAGCUGGAGGAAGCGAAGGAAACAAACGGCGCAAAUACGGAAUGUCAGCCAGCCAAAUUAAAACUCAACAUGGAGGGAUGCGUAUAAAUACUUCUCCCUUACCUCCACUUUUCCCAUCCUACCCUACCCUCGACCGACCGCCCCAAGGCAAGUAGACAAGGUUUCUCUUUUCCCAUGGAGAGGGAAAACAACGCCUUGGAUUUGACGCCGAAGCACGUCUUAGAGCAGUCCGGCGGGAGGCCGCUUCGGUGCCUGCCACAGCCGCCGCCGCAGCCAUCCGAGGCAAUCACGCUGGUUGGGUCGCCGGAGCGGCUGGGCCAGCCGCCAACGAAGAUCUACUACAAAACAAAGCUUUGUGUGAAAUUCGAGAUCAAUGGGCACUGCAUGUACGGGGACAGGUGCACUUUUGCUCACGGCAGCACUGAGCUCCGUCGCCCAUCACUCGCCACCCAUGGAUUUGCAGAAGGCUUGGCAAUUCGCAAUCCUUGGGAGAUGAGGAGCGAGAUCCCGCUGGCUCGGGCUGCUCCGGGGAGGGCCUUCCCGCCGGUUCCUGCACCGCGCAUGCGCGAUAUUCCCCGUCAGAUGCCUCGGGAGGAGGAGGGUGGUGCCAAGGUCAGCAACCUAGAGCGUCUGAGCUGGAAGAAGACCAGCGGCAUCUAUGGUGACUGGCCGGAGGAGUCCUGAGCACAGUACUCGCUUGUCAUGCUCUAGUUAUCUACAUUUAUCACCGUCAUUUUUUCUAGCAGAUGAAUAAUACCGCCAUUUGUUAUGGUUGCUCUGCGUUUACCAUUGUUGUGCUAUUUGUGCAUGUAUUCUAUGUAAUCCGU